AUGAGAGUUUUACUCUUAUCCAUACUUCUCAUCGCAUGCAUAUGCGCCAAGAAGGACAAUGUUAAUGUUAGCAAUGAGACGCUUCUGGAGAACCUAAAUGUCGGGAGAAUCGUACAAAUCUACCAACAGUUCAAAGGUAUGGCCAAAAAAAUCAUCACGACAAUCGAACCAACUGUCGAGAAAAGAAAGAAAUUAAUAAAAACCUUCGAAAAUGUUACCGCCACGCUUUCCAAAAAAUCUUCAAAUCUAACUCUCGAUCAGAUAAAGGCGAACAUGACUGGCCUAUUCCUCUUUCAAGGAGACAUCACACUCACCAAGUCGCAAGCUGAUGACAUCCAGAAAGACAUUGAAGCCCAGUACAAAAAAUUGACGGAAGGGAAGAGUGGUCGCACGAAGCGCUUUGCGUACAGAGGCUCGAAAUAUCCUAAAAAUAGGUGGAAUAGAGGAGUACAUUACUACUUCCACAACAGCACUACAAAACCGCAGCAGGAAGCCUUCAGAAGGGCAGUCAAAGCUUGGAGCAAUAACACAUGCGUCGACUUCUUCGAGGACGACAAAGCAAAGAAUCGAGUGGUGGUAGCACGAAGCUACUUUUGCUCCUCAUUUGUCGGCAAAAUAGGAGGAGAGCAAGCAAUCUAUCAAGCUCCUUACUGCGAUCACUUCCGAGGUGCUGCUCACGCGCUCGGCCACGUUCUGGGGCUCCUUCAUCCGAUGAGCAGAGAGGACCGUGAUAAACACAUAACAGUGAAAGGAGAAAACAUUUUGCCGCCCAUAAUCUUCCAAUUCCUGAAACAAACAAACAAGACGAACAACGACUAUGGAUUAGGUUACGAUCUAGGAAGCAUCAUGCAUAGUAGUCUUCAAAGUGGUGCCGUGAAGAACACUACAGUAACGCUUGACCCCGUGGACAAAAAUUUCAUGAAGACCGCACCGUCGGAGACGAUAUCGUUUAAUGAUCUACGUGCUGUCAAUAUUCACUACCAAUGCGAAGAACGAUGCAAAAAUGUUACUCCUCCACCAAAGUGUCAAAACGGAGGAUACCAACAUCCUCGUGACUGUGGCAAAUGUCUCUGUCCUAGCGGUUUUGCAGGAACACUCUGCAAUGAAAGACCUCGUGGAUGUGGGAAUGAAAGGAAUGCGACUGAGGAAUGGCAACCGCUAAUCGAUGAGCUGAAAAAUAAUAAACCAGACCCCCUGGAUGGAUACUCACGCUGCAACUACUGGAUUCGGUCCCCUGAUAAGACGAAAAUCGAGAUUGAAAUCAUUAGCUUUGACAACAAAUCCAAAACCAAAGCAGUCUUUUGCAAUGAAGCUGGAGUGGAAAUUAAGACGAACAAGGACCCAGCACUUACUGGAUACAGGUUCUGCUCCAAAGAGGACGUACGCACCCUCAAAUCCUCCUCCAAUCUUGUACCUGUCAUCACUUAUAACAGACUCGCUGAUGAAAGUAGAGUCGCCUUGAAAUAUCGUUACGUGAAAGCUUAA